AUGGCGGAAAGUGGAAGUAAAAUAGGAGAGGAUGAUGAAGUUCCUGGUCGUGUGAAGGAACAUUUGUGUCAACCAUGUUUAAGUAAGGAUAAGCAAACUGUAGCUGACAAGUUUUGUUCAACUUGUAAUGAAUUUCAAUGUAAUGAUUGUUCAAAUGUACACAACGUGCUCGCCAUCUUAAAAGAUCAUAAAUUGGUAAGUGUGAAAGAAGCUAAUGCUUCAACUACUUUGUUUGAAAAGGAGAACUUAGAUUUAUGUGAUCAACAUCAAAAACUUUUUGAAUUCUUCUGUGAAGAUGAAAAGAAACUUUGCUGCAGCACUUGUGCUAUUGUUAAUCACCGAAAAUGUCACAGCGUUGUAGAAAUUGAGAAGAUUGCCGGAAAAAUAUCCUCACCAAUUUCUACCUUAGGGGACAAAUUGAAAGCAGCUAAAGAAGUUGCUGAGAGCGUUGCAACACUUAUUUGCUCUUCAAAAGAUCAACUUGCUCAAGAUAUAAAAGAAAUACAUGUAAAGAUUAGACGAAUGCGAGAUGAAGUUAUCGGAAUAUUUGACGAUUUAGAAGAUUCCGUCAUCAAGAGAGCUGAAAUUCUUCAGAGAGAAACAUUAGAAAAUCUGUCAAAGAAACAAAAACAAAACGAGGAAUAUUUGGCUGAUGUGACAUCGUGCUUAGAGACGAUUGAAAGUAUUUUCAAAAAUGGAACUCCAGUGCAGAAAUAUAUAGCAGAACAUAAAAUGGAGAAUAACGUCAAUGAUCUCUGCAGAAACAUCAAGGAGGAAUGUCAGAAAGUCAGAGACCGUUCACAUUUCUUUUCAUUUUGA